AUGCUAACUCUUAUAGUUAAGUUUCUUUACUUUUCUCAUGAUUUUCUGUUUGGGCAGGAAAAGCUCAGAACAGCACUAUUUGUUCAAAAAGCUGCAUUGCAUUUCAUUGACGGUAUGCUCUUCUUCACUGAUCAUACUCAUACUGUCUCAUCCAUGUAUUUCCUUCUGAAUUAUGUUUUCUUGUCUAGUACAGCAGCUAGUCGACUUGAUCAGAGCCGAAACCAGGAUAACCAGGAUCAUCUCUCUGAAGAGGUUAGCCAAGCUGGUUUCAGAAUCGGACCGGACCAGCUUGCUUCAAUUGCUCGUUCUCAUAGCAUGAACAGCUUGAAAUUCCAUGGAGGAGUUGAAGGACUUGCGGAGAAAGUCUUGGUUUCGCCGGACUAUGGAGUGGACGUAAGCCAGAUGUCUCUCAGGCAAGAUAUCUAUGGCUUGAACCAAUUUGUUGAAAAACCUUCUAAGCCUUUUUGGAUGUUUAUAUGGGAAGCCCUGCAGGACUUGACUUUGAUCAUUCUCAUCGUGUGUGCUGUGGUAUCUGUGAGUGUUGGAAUUGCCACAGAAGGCUGGCCUAAAGGAAUGUAUGAUGGGUUAGGAAUAAUUCUCUGUAUUUUCUUGGUGGUGAUAGUCACUGCAAUUAGUGACUACAAACAGUCCUUGCAAUUCAAGGAGUUGGAUAAAGAAAAGAAAAAUAUAGUUGUUCAGGUCACCAGAAAUGGAAGAAGACAGAAGGUUUCUAUCUAUGAUUUGGUGGUUGGAGACAUUGUUCAUCUGUUUAUUGGAGAUCAAGUUCCUGCAGAUGGGGUUUUUAUAUCGGGGUACAGCUUAUCAAUCGAUGAAUCAAGCUUAUCGGGUGAGAGUGAGCCAGUAAAUGUAGAGAAAGAGAGGCCAUUUCUUCUAUCUGGGACUAAAGUGCAAGAUGGUUCUGGUAAAAUGCUGGUGACAUCAGUAGGGAUGAGGACCGAAUGGGGAAGGCUAAUGGUUACAUUGAGUGAAGGGGGUGAGGAUGAGACACCAUUGCAGGUGAAGCUUAAUGGGGUGGCCACCAUUGUUGGGAAGAUAGGUUUGGCUUUUGCCGUUCUGACAUUUUUGGUGCUCACAAUCAGAUUUAUGGUGGUGAAGGCAAUUCACAACGAGAUCACAAUAUGGUCUAUACAUGAUGCACUAAAGCUUUUGAAUUUCUUUGCUGUUGCAGUGACUAUACUUGUGGUGGCAGUUCCAGAGGGGCUACCAUUAGCAGUGACUCUAAGUCUUGCUUUUGCUAUGAAGAAAUUAAUGAAUGAUAGGGCACUAGUGAGGCAUCUGUCAGCAUGUGAGACCAUGGGUUCUGCUACUUGCAUUUGCACUGAUAAAACCGGAACAUUGACAACAAAUCAUAUGGUUGUUACCAAAUUAUGGAUAUGUGGAGAAGCUAAAGAGAUUGAAAAAAAUGUCAGUGGAAAUUUGUUGAAAUCUUCUCUCUCUGAGAGGGUAUUGAGCAUCCUAUUGCAUUCAAUCUUUCAGAACACUAGCUCUGAGGUGGUGAAUGGAGAAGAUGGGAAGAUGAGCAUUUUGGGUUCUCCAACCGAGGCUGCUUUGUUGGAAUUUGGGUUGAUUUUCAACAGAGAUUUUCGUGCCUUUUGCAAAGAUUCUAAGGUACUCAAAGUUGAACCUUUCAAUUCUGUGAAAAAAAAGAUGUCUGUGCUUGUGGCUCUUCCUGGUGGUGGGGUUAGAGCAUUUUGCAAAGGGGCAUCAGAAAUUAUUCUAAGUAUGUGUAACAAGAUUGUUGACAAAAAUGGUGAAUCUGUGCCUCUUUCUGAAGAACAGAGAAAGAAAAUCACAAAUGUCAUUAAUGAUUUUGCCUGUGAAGCUCUCAGAACCCUCUGUGUGGCUUUCAAAGAUGGAGAAGACUCUGCCAAUGAACAUACUAUUCCUGACAAUAUGUAUACACUAAUUGCAGUUAUUGGAAUUAAGGAUCCGGUGCGGCCAGGGGUGAGAGAAGCUGUUCAAACUUGUUUAGCUGCUGGGAUCACGGUGCGUAUGGUCACCGGUGACAAUAUUAAUACUGCUAAGGCUAUAGCGAGGGAAUGUGGCAUCUUGACAGAUGAUGGUGUGGCAAUAGAAGGGCCCGAUUUUCGGGAUAAAAGUCCCUGGGAGAUGAAGGAGAUAAUGCCUAAACUUCAGGUGAUGGCUCGAUCAUUACCUCUGGACAAGCACAAAUUAGUAACCCAGUUGAGGAAUGACUUUAAAGAAGUAGUGGCAGUGACUGGAGAUGGGACUAAUGAUGCCCCUGCUUUGCAUGAGGCAGAUAUUGGACUCGCAAUGGGCAUAGCAGGAACAGAGGUUGCAAAAGAGAAUGCUGAUGUGGUCAUAAUGGAUGAUAACUUCAGAACCAUAGUGAAUGUUGCAAAAUGGGGUCGUGCAGUUUACAUCAACAUUCAAAAAUUCGUACAAUUCCAGCUGACAGUUAAUGUUGUUGCUCUCAUGACAAAUUUUGUAUCUGCAUGCGCCUCAGGCUCUUCACCUCUUACAACAGUGCAGUUGCUCUGGGUGAACAUGAUAAUGGACACUCUCGGUGCAUUAGCACUUGCUACUGAGCCUCCACACGAUGGGCUGAUGAAAAGACCUCCAAUUGGAAGGAAUGUGAACUUCAUAACCGCAAUUAUGUGGAGAAAUAUUAUUGGCCACAGCAUCUAUCAACUUGCUGUUCUUGGGGUCCUCAUGUUUGGUGGGAAGUCCCUUUUGAAGCUUAAUGGUCCAGACUCUAGUUCUGUCCUGAAAACAUUGAUAUUCAACACCUUUGUGUUUUGCCAGGUAUUCAACGAAAUAAACAGCCGGGAUAUGGAGAAGAUAAAUGUAUUCCGGGGCAUGUUCGAUAGCUGGGUGUUCAUGAUCGUUAUGGUCUCCACAGUGGCUUUCCAGAUUGUUAUAGUAGAAUUUCUGGGCGCAUUUGCAGAUACUGUGCCAUUAAGCUGGGACCUGUGGUUAGUCAGUGUCUUAAUGGGGGCUGCAAGUUUGUUCAUUGCAGCUCUCCUAAAGUGCAUUCCUGUUGCUAAGACCGUGCACACUUACUCAGGAAAGCAUCACGAUGGCUAUGAACUACUACCCAGCGGUCCAGACCUAGCAUGAAUGGAAAACGAUGAAGUUUCCCAAGAGCCCGAUUGGAAUAAGGCUCGGUCGAGAAGAGUUGAGUUGAACAACCCGAUCAAAUUUUGGCAGUACCAAAUGAUGCAGUGUGAAGUCAAGCCUCUGCAGCAUGAUUAUUGAAUCACUCCAAUUUCACACCAGGAGUUAUAUCCUUUAGUUGCAUUUAUUUGAUUGAUUUAUUUAUUUGUAAUUUUUUCAAAUAUUUGCACCUGGUUGUAUAUUUUUUCUUUUAAACUAGGA